AAUUACAAGAACGUCUUAAAGAAUUACGAAAAAAAUAUAAGAAAAAUUCUGGAGUACGUCAACAAAAUACUGGAGUGCCAGUUCUUAAACAAUUUAUUGUUAAUAAUAUACAUCAAGAGAAUGACAUCCGCUUGAUAUUCCUUAGUUGUUCGCAAACCAGACAAUUGGCCGUCCAAAAAAACAAAAAAAUUAAACACACUUCUUGUAGUGCUGGAGAUGGUUUCAAAGGUAGUUCUUCUGGUAGUAGUCAAAAAAUUACUAGAAAAAGAACACGAGAAUGUUAUAAUCUUCGUUUCAUAACACCUCCUUCUUCACCUCCACAAACACCUAAUUUUUCAGAUGAAGAG